AUGGAUGCAGGAAUUCAGAGUCAUCCCAAUUUUGAGGUGUUGGCCCAGAUAGGUAAUGGUGCAUACGGCACUGUUUACCGUGCACGUUCAGCGAGUGGGCAAAUUGUGGCUGUAAAGAAAGUCCGUGUGAACCUUUCUGCUGAUGGUAUACCUUUGUCUACGCUUCGGGAAGUUGUUCUUUUGAAGGAAUUGGCUCAGUAUGAACAUCCGAAUAUGGUGAAACUACUGGAUGUCUGCACGGGUCACAGAACAGAAACCGAUCUGUAUCUGUUUUUAGUGUUUGAACAUUUGGGGCAGGAUUUGUCUAAUUACAUUGAAAAGUGUCCCCAGUCUGGCAUGGGAGCAAGCUUGGUGAGAGACAUUAUGUUCCAGACUCUGAGUGGUGUUGAUUUUCUCCAUAGUAAGCGUGUAAUUCAUCGAGAUCUGAAACCUCAGAACAUCCUGAUUUCUUCUUCAGGAACAGUGAAGUUAGCAGACUUUGGGCUGGCUAAGACUUACAACUUUGAAAUGCUACUUACUUCUGUUGUUGUAACCAUAUGGUAUCGUGCUCCAGAGGUUCUUCUCAACUCAACAUAUGCUACACCAGUUGAUAUAUGGUCCUGUGGUUGUAUUAUGGCUGAACUGUUUCUCCUGCAUCCUAUAUUUUGUGGAACAUCAGAAGCUGAUCAACUGGACAAAAUAUUCAGCAUCUUAGGAACACCUCCUGAAACAAGUUGGCCAGAGCACACACCAUUACCUUGGUCUGUUUUCAAAAACUACACAGCUGCUGACCUGGAAGGGAUGAUGCCUGAUUGCUCCCCAGAUGGUCUGAAUCUUUUGCAGAAUUUGUUGAUGUUUGGCCCUUGUCAGAGAAUCAGUGCUGCAAAAGCCUUAGCUCAUCCUUAUUUCAAGGAGCAUGGAUACAUUGCACGCUAG